AUGCUGCUGGGUCGAGAUGCUAUGCAGAAGCUAAACAUCAACAUUGCUGGCGGUACAUUACCAUGUUUCAGCGUGGAUCAGAAAAGUCUUGAAAUCCUGCCGAAUGACUUGCGAGGCCAGUUUGGACACCUCUCCAGGGAAGACCUUGGUGUUGCGAAAAAUCUUGUGCAUCAAGUCAGGGUCCGCCCUGAUAUGCAACCAAAACUGCGUCGUCUUCCAUUGUCCCUGCGGGAGGAGGUUACGAAAGAACUGGUCCGGAUGGAAGCAGCCAGACUUAUUGAAAGAGUGAAUGCAUCGCCAUGGGCGUCACCGCUGGUCGUGGUCCGCAAGAUGGACAACACGCUACGUCUAUGCGUCGACCUUCGAGCGCCAAAGAAGGCAAGGACGCAUUUCCACUUCCACACCACGAAGAACUGCUGA